ACCCUGGACAUUUCAGUUUUCUCUUGGAUUUUCUCCCGUGGUUGUUUCCUUCGUGGCUCUCUGCCAUUUUGUGCUCUCAUUCAUAGUCGCUCCAGUGAUACGCUCUUUCCCCCCCCAGUCCUCCUCAUCUCUUUUGCAAAUCAUACUGGUUCUCUGAGAGGCUUCAUCCUGGCCGGCACUAUUCCAGCCAAGGGGGAAGAGGACUUCCUGACGCUGGCCGCUUCACGGCUCAGCCGCAGGAAACGCGUCAUUGGAGCCGCUGUAGGUGUAGCAAUGGUUCUAAUACUCUUGGUUGCCAUUCCCUUGCUGGUCCACACAACCAAAGGAGGGAAUGCUGGAAAUGCAGGGAGCCAUUAUGAAAUGCUUGGAAGCUGCAGGAUGGUAUGUGAUCCCUACACCACGUCUCAGCCAGGCCAGGAGCUGACAGCUGUGUCUCCACCCCCCCAGGAUUACUCUGGAAAGAAGAUAAAGUCUGGGCUUCGAGGGCCUCCAGGGAUCCCUGGGCCUCCAGGAGAACGUGGACCCCCUGGAGAGCCAGGCAAACCAGGGCCACAGGGUCCCCCAGGUCCAGGCCCUGGUGGCUAUUCUCCCUCACUCUACACUCCCAAAAUUGCCUUUUACGCAGGGCUACGAAAGCAGCAUGAAGGCAAUGAAAUACUGAAGUUUGAUGAUGUGGUGACCAAUGUAGGUAACUACUAUGAGCCGAGCACUGGCAAAUUCACCUGCCCGCUGCCUGGCAUCUAUUUCUUCACCUACCAUGUUCUAAUGAGAGGUGGUGACGGGACGAGCAUGUGGGCAGACCUGAAGAAGAACGGACUGGUAAGAGCAAGCGCCAUUGCUCAGGAUGCUGAUCAGAAUUACGACUAUGCCUCCAACAGUGUGAUCCUGCAUUUGGACGUAGGUGAUGAGGUGUGUGUGCAGCUGGACGGAGGGAAGGUCCACGGAGGAAACACAAAUAAGUACAGCACCUUCUCCGGCUUCCUCAUCUACCCAGACUGAAUUUAAUCCCUGCAGAGUGCAAAAAAUAAAAAAAUAAAACAAAACGCCACUACCAACAUACAUAUAGACACACUGACACUUACACAGACAUAUACGUAUGCAAAUUGAUGCACAAACACAGAAAUGCAGUGCACACACAAAAAUAUGCACAUAGAUGAAUACAAGCAAGCACACACACACACACUCACAUGUAUCUGCAUAAAGACAUUUUGAAACUGCAGCCUACAACAAAGUAAUAAAUGAAAAUCAGAGAUAAAUGGAAUAAAGUCAAUCUUUGCCAAUAGUCAGUUAUUGGUGCCCUUUGAAUACAAAUAUGAAUUUCAGAAUAUGUACAAUAUAGGUUCAAAUUCAAAUUCUACAUUGUGGCUCUGAAAUAUCUAAAGGAUUCUAAUGUAUUAUAUAUUAAAUGACAUUGUGCAAACUAGAAUAAAUGAAACACCAUAAGUCUGGCUGUCGUACUGCAAUGAUGGUGUUAAGGAUGCCAUUAAUUAACAAAGCUGAGACAAAUGUGUUCCAAUCUUUACCUGCACAGCAUUUAUUUACACAUUUCUGCUCCGCUUUCCAACAAUCUGUUUGAAUGGCCUGCAUACAUUUUGCAACUCAUCAUUGUAAAAUACUUUCCUCUAAGCUUCAAAGUGAAUUACACCAAUUGAAAUGAAUUAAAUCCCCGUUGUGAUUCAGCAAGCAUUGGGACGAUACUGAUUAAAGCGAGGCCAUUUGAAUAAACAGAUGCUUGAUUCCUCUCUCCUCUUUUGAUUAUGACACCGAAUGUCACUUGGCAAGACAAAACAAAGCAUCUGAACAUUGCAAGGAAACAUAUCACAAUGCAUUUCAUCGAUGGCACUUUUGUGUACUGAAAUUUUAAUUGCCAAGUGCAUUAUAUUGUGCGUGUUUGAGAGCACGUGCGUGUAUGUGAGUAAGUGGGCAUGUUAAUAUGUGUGAGUGGAUAUAUAAAUCAUGUAAGAUACUGGGGAGGUGAAACAUUGACAAGUCCAGUGUUUUAUUUUCAUUAAAUGUUGUACAUUUCACACCUUACUAGAAUUACACUGCCAUGUCUGAGAUACCUUGUCAAAGAAUCACCAUAUGUAAAAGAGUCGUUUUGGGAUGAGCUAUGAAGUAUAUUGAAACGUUUGAGUUGACAGUUGCUAUUAAAAUAUCUAUACCUACA